AUGGCAAAUAAAAUACUAGAUCCAAUCUUUAGAUUAUACGAUCCGAUUCGUUAUUCGUUUAACAAGAAAAAAGAGGAUUAUAUUAUCAUCUCACCGACUGUUGGUUCUAAAUCCCAAUUGAAUGAUGGUGGUAGAAUUACCUUCGAAAUAAAUUCAUUAUCGAAUUGGUUGCUUCUUUCCGAUGCUUAUUUCAGAUGCGAUUUCAAAAUUAAAGAUGGAACUCAGAAUCAAGUUUCACAAACAAAUACAACGUUAGAAAAUAAUUUCUUUCCAUCUUUAUUUAGCGAGAUGGUUUUGGAAGCUGGUUCAUAUCCGAUAGAAACAAUCAAACACCCUGGGGAAUUCGACACAAUGCUGAAAACAGUUUUAUAUCCUAAAGAUUUCGAUUCAGUCUCAGGUUGGAUACCCGAUGUUGGUGAUGGAAGUGAUUUAAAAGAACCGGUAAGAAAUCUUGCAAAUGAUGCCGAUUUAGAUAGAGUGAGAGUUGUUGCUCGAAACACAAUAGAAAGAGUAGCACGAGCAGCUAAUCAUGGAUUUGAAAAACGAGUACUUCAGUACAAUAAUAUUGUUGAGAAUAAUAGGUGGGGUAAUUACGUAAAUUGGAAAUUAUAUCCUUUAUUCGGUCUGUUGGAACACAGAAAAGUUUCCAUAGGGUUACCAUAUAAAAUUCAUCUACAAAGAGAAAUCAACGACGAUAAGAUAUUUUUUGGAGAGAAUGGUUCAGAUGCAAAAUUAGAAAUAACGAAUCUCCAACUUUUCAUACCCGUAAUAACACCAUCAAUUGAAGUAGAAACGAGAAUAUUCAACUCGUUAACUAAAGAUAUUGAAAUAGCUUUUCUUCAUCGUAAUAGGGUAGGUAGCAUGGCUUUAACUGGAGAAUCCACCACAUGGCCAAUCACUAACACUAUUAAACCAGCAAAAUAUUUAAUGAUUGGUUUCAAGAACUUAACAGAUUCUCAAACGAAUAACAAUAAUGUCUUUAGAGUGGCAAUGAACCAAACUCAAAAUCCUUUAAUCCAUAAAGUUCAAGUAAGAUUAAACAACGAUAAUUAUCCUAACCAACCUUUAACAAUUAAUCCAACCACAAAGGAUUAUAAUGAAUAUCGAAACUAUAAAAAUAUGUGUGAAUUAUUUGGAAAUCUACCUAAGUUUGAAUAUGUAGAUUUUGCACUUAAUCAUCCAAUCUUCUGUUUUGAUCUAUCAGCUCACCAAGAAGAUCUUUUCAAAACAGGAGUGAACAUAAAUAUUCAUAUUGAAAAAACACAAGGAGAUGUAACAGCGGCGGGUGCAGCUACUGGAGGAAUAUCUGCCGCAGUCAAAGCUGACAACGCAAAGAAAGCAGCUGAUGCUAAAGCCGCUGAAGAACGCAGACAUAAUUUAGCACUGGAAAAGGAACCACGAGGUUCAGGAGUGGGAGAAAUGAUAGGCACAAUAAAAGAAUUUGGAAAAAGAUUUGGGGAAGAAACCAAGAAAACUGUUAAACAAGGAUUAAAUAAAUUAGUAGAUAGUAUUGACACGGGAGAAGUCAAAGUCAAACAUAAGGUUGAUGAAGUUGAUGAAGCAGAUGAUGAAGUUGAUGAAGCAGAUGAUGAAGUUGAUGAAGUUGAUGAUGAAGUUGAUGAAGUAGAUGAUGAAGAUGAUGAAUCAGAUGAUUAUGGAGAAAAUUAUCCACCAAUCACAGAACAAAUAGACGAAUUGGAAGAAGAGAUAGCUAGAGAAAACAGUGGACAAGGUAUAACGUUUUUAUCCGACAACAACGAAGAAUUGCUUAAUAGAUUACGAGUAAUAUUAGCGGCAAUGAAAGAAGGUCAUCGAUCACACAGUCAAUAUAAUGAAGUAAAUUGUAUAUUAAAAAGACUCCUAGAUAAAGGUAUCAUAGAUAAAAAUGAUUAUAAAAGCGUGAUUAAAAAUGUCAAAUAA